AUGAAUAUAUCUCAGCCAGUUCCAUCAGCCAUUGGCAGCGUGGACUUUGGCUUUCUCACACCCGACGAGAUCAAGGUGCUUUCUGUCAAGCGCAUUGAGAAUCCUGUUACAUUUGAUACUCUUUUACAUCCAAUUCCGGGAGGUCUAUAUGACCCAGCUCUCGGCUCAUGGGGAGAUAACAUCUGCACAACAUGUAACCUAAAAUCCCCAAUAUGUCCCGGCCAUGUGGGCCAUAUCGACCUACCGACUCCAGUCUACCAUCCUACAUUCAUGACCCAACUUCUCAGGCUAUUACGAGCCACAUGCCCCUACUGCCACCGUUUCAGAUUAUCUCGGAGGGAGGUCAAUCGCUACCAUUGCAAGCUUCGAUUGAUACAACAUGGUCUUCUUGGGGCGGCAGAAGAAAUCGAGAAUAUCGAUGUCUCUAACAACCAAGGCUCUGGAGAAAGCAGCAGUGAAUCAGAUGAUGAAUCGUCGGCCGAAAAGAUUAUACGCCUUAGAAAUGCCUUUGUGAAGAAAUCCAUAAGAGCAGCGAAGGGAUCAGCUUGGGACUGGCACCUGGAGAAGAAUGAAGCUGUAGCGGAAGCACGACGAACUGCCAUCAAAGAUUUCCUGAAGUCUAUAUCAGUUGGAAGAAUAUGCGGGAACUGUAAAGGCCUUUCACCGACUUAUCGAAAAGACCGCUUUGUUAAAAUCUUUCGGAAAACCUUGACCCCCAAGGAGAAGGCAAAGAUGUCGCAGGGGAACUUCCGUGUUGUAAGCGCUGUUGAAGUUCUGCAGGGUCAAAAGAAGGGGAGGUUCGAUGGCGAUAUUGAUGAGGGCAUCGCCGAUAUCGAUUUGUCUUCGAACGAGGACGAGGACGAGGAGGGCCAAGGGGAGAGUCUCGAUGUUGACGGGGAUGUAGUUAUGGAAGGGUCCAGAACGAAGAUAAAAGCGACGCCGGCGGCCGCGCAAGAAUAUAUGAAUCCUAUGGAAGUCAAGGCACAGUUGACACUACUUUUUGAGAAGGAGCAGGAAAUAUUAUCCCUGGUCUACGACUCGCGUUCGGCAGCCAAGAAGGCGACGAAAGUGACGGCCGAUAUGUUUUUCUUACAGACCUUACUGGUUCCACCCAAUAAAUACCGUCCAGAAGCAAGAACCGGAGAUGGCGAAAUAACGGAAGCAGCACAAAAUACCCUCUACAAGGGCAUUCUCAAAGGCUGUGAAACUAUCGCUCAUAUCCAUCGGGACAUGAUGGAUGUAGAGACGGCAGAUAAUCCGUCGUUGCGCAAAAGGGACUGGUUCGACCUUCAAGAAGCUUGGUGCCAACUUCAGGACUACGUCAACUCCCUCAUAGAUAAGGAUCGCAAUCCUAUUCAAGGCGCCGCAGGCAAACAGAACGAGGAUGGAAUCAAGCAGAAGUUAGAGAAGAAGGAAGGGUUGUUUAGAAAAAAUAUGAUGGGCAAGCGUGUCAAUUUCGCUGCACGCAGUGUCAUCUCUCCCGAUCCUAAUAUCGAAACGAACGAGAUUGGAGUCCCGCCUGCAUUUGCGACAAAGCUGACCUACCCCGAACCCGUCACAAGCCAUAACUUCAAGGACAUGCAGCAAGCGGUCAUGAACGGUUUUGAUAAGUGGCCUGGGGCUGCAGCCGUCGAGAACGAGAAUGGACAAGUUAUCAACUUACGCACAAAAACCCCGGAUGAGCGACUUGCCCUGGCAAACCAACUGCUUGCCCCCUCUGCCAGCAAUAUUAGUGGGGCUCGCAAUAAGAAAGUGCAUCGACAUCUUACAAAUGGUGAUGUGGUGUUGAUGAACCGGCAACCAACUCUCCACAAGCCUUCCAUCAUGGGCCACCGAGCGAGAGUCCUGCCAAACGAGAAAACUAUUCGCAUGCACUAUGCAAACUGCAACACCUACAAUGCGGAUUUCGAUGGAGACGAGAUGAACAUGCAUUUCCCCCAGAAUGAAAUCGCGCGAGCCGAAGCAUUGCAGAUCGCAGAUACUGACCACCAAUACCUGGUAGCAACAUCGGGAAAACCGCUGCGAGGUCUCAUCCAAGAUCAUAUCUCCGUCUCAGUAUGGAUGUGUAAUCGAGAUACUUUCUUCGAUCGUGCCACUUAUCAACAGUUAAUCUACAAUUGCCUGCGACCUGAAAGUGGUCAUAUAGUUGGGGAUCGCAUAGAAACCGUCACCCCUGCGAUUAUCAAACCAGUGCCAUUAUGGACGGGAAAGCAGGUCAUUACCACGAUCUUGAAGAAUAUCAAGCCACUGGACUGUGCACCUCUAGUCCUUACUAGUAAAUCAUCAGUCCCAGCGGAUCGGUGGGGGCCUUCCUCGGAAGAAGGGAUAGUCCAUUUCAAAGGUGGAGAAUUUGUCACCGGUAUCCUCGAUAAGUCCCAAAUCGGACCGAGCGGUGGUGGAUUCAUCCACGCCAUACACGAGGUGUACGGUCCUACUGUAGCUGGUAAGACGUUGAGCAUCCUAGGCCGUCUCCUCACGAAGUUCUUGCAUAUUAGGGCUUUCACUUGUGGAAUGGAUGAUCUACGCCUUACUCCUGCCGGCGAGCGACUCCGAAAAGAGAAGUUGAAGGGGGCUGCGCUGCUCGGCCUUGAGGUUGCCUCAAAGUAUGUCAGCUUGCAAGAUCAAAAACCAGGUGAAACGGAUCCGGAGUUGAUGGAUCGAUUGGAGGAUGUGGUGAGGGAUGACAGCAAACAAGCUGGUCUUGAUAGGUUGAUGAACAGUCGCUCGGGGACCUUAUCGUCGGAUAUCACAAGGGCAUGCCUCCCCCUUGGGCUGGUCAAGCAAUUCCCGAAGAAUCAAAUGCAGAACAUGACUGUUUCCGGUGCCAAAGGCAGCGGUGUCAAUGCGAAUCUCAUUUCGUGCAAUCUGGGACAGCAGGUCUUGGAAGGACGUCGUGUUCCUGUUAUGAUCAGUGGGAAAUCACUACCAUGCUUCAGGCCUUUUGAGACAAAUAUUAGGGCUGGAGGCUAUAUUGUCAACCGUUUCUUGUCAGGGAUCCGCCCCCAGGAGUACUAUUUCCAUGCCAUGGCGGGAAGAGAAGGGUUGAUUGAUACUGCAGUUAAGACUUCAAGAUCCGGUUACUUGCAGAGAUGUCUUAUUAAGGGCAUGGAAGGACUAAAAGUUGAAUAUGAUACCUCUGUCCGAGAUUCGGAUGGCUCGAUGGUGCAAUUUAUUUACGGAGAGGAUGGUCUGGACGUGACGAAGCAAAUGCACCUAACGAAUUUCAAGUUCCUCUUGGAAAAUCUCAUAUCCGAGCUCGCUCAACUCAAUUACGGCGACCCGAAUUACGAUAAAAUAUUCGAUGAGAAAGACAGCAUACUGAAGCAGAUGAAGAAGGCUCUCAAACAUACCAAGGCCAAUGAUCCCAAUGGCCCAGACCCUGUCCUUGCUUCUUUUAAUCCUGGAAAGUAUGGGUACGCCACGUCGGAGAAGUUUUUUGAUGCCUUAACGGACUAUUUGAAAAAGAACCCCGACGGAAUGGUCAAGGACAAAGAACAUCCUAAUGGGGUUGGGGUUCGCAAAGCAUUAGAACCCGUGCUAGUUGCGAAGUAUCUCAAAUCUAUAGUUGAUCCUGGUGAAGCCGUUGGAAUUGUGGCUGGACAAUCUAUUGGAGAGCCUUCGACACAAAUGACACUCAACACCUUCCAUUUAGCUGGUCAUUCGACUAAAAACGUCACCCUCGGUAUCCCGCGUCUGCGAGAGAUCGUUAUGACAGCAAGCACCAAUAUCUCCACACCAUCAAUGACAUUGUGUGUUAACCCGGAAUUAUCCAAAGAGGAUGGCGAGAAAUUUGCAAAGGCUAUCAGUGUUCUGUCUCUUGCUGAAGUCGUAGAUGAAGUGCAGGUCAAGGAGCGAGUUGGUAAAGGGAUUGCCUACUCCGCGGCCAAAAUCAUCGACGUCCGCGUUAAACUUUUCCCAUCACAAGAAUACAUGGAUACGUACGCCAUUAGCGUUGCUGACGUCCUUUUUACGCUGGAAAAAAGAUUUGCGCCUAGGCUGCAAGUACUCACCCGUAAAGCGCUUGGCUGGAAGAAGGAUGGCAAGUCAUCUAAGUCGAGUGGCGCAGUACUGGAAAUUGGCAAGGCAGUGCGUAAACUCCCUGAAGGGCCCGAACAACCUAGAGGGGGUUCUGAGACGCCGGAGCCUGAGUCAGGGCGGCCCGCUGAAGAGGACGACGACGGUGAGGACGUCGAUGAUGAGGAUGAUGUAGACGAUGAGGAUGCCACCAAUGACAAGCUGAGGGCGAAUCGUGGGCAGGCGAUUAGCUAUGCAGCAAACGAUGAAGAUGAUGACAAAGUGCAAACCGAGAUGCGGAAGGAGGCCGAGCUAGACGAUAUGGACGAUAUGGACGAUAUGGAAGAUGAGGGGAUCGGUGGUAGCCCCCGCGAGCCCGGCAGCGACGACGAAGAAGAUAUAACCAAGGGCGGGACUCAAAACCGGCCUACCACGACCGCUGCUGCGGAUCGUGAAGCGCAAGUAAUGAAGAAAUGCGAGGAUGUGGUCGGCUUCCGCUUUGAUGAGGCCGGGGGAGAGUGGUGCGAAAUCUCACUCGAAUACCCGGCAGAUGUUCCCAAAAUCCUCAUGCUCACCAUUGUCGAAGAGGCUCUGCAUAAGAGUAUUGUACAACAGAUUCAGGGUCUUGGAGCAUGCACUUAUGUUCCAAGUGAGGAGGUUAAGGAUAUGGCGACGGGCAAGAUGGUCAAAGUGCCGGUCGUGCAUACCGCCGGUGUCAAUCUGAAGGCGAUGCAAGCGUAUCCCCACAUUAUCAACCCAAACACGAUUUCCACAAAUGACAUCGCCGCCAUGCUCACGAAUUACGGCGUGGAAGCCUGUCGCGCGGCCAUCAUUCAGGAGCUGUCUGGUGUUUUCGGUGGUCACGGAAUCAGUGUCGAUAAUCGUCACUUGAAUUUGAUUGCUGAUUUUAUGACCAGAGGUGGAGGCUUCAGUCCCUUCAACCGAAAUGGCUUAAGAGGAAGCGUCAGUCCAUUUAUGAAAAUGAGCUUCGAGACGACGGUCGGCUUUUUGGCAGAUGCUGUUACUGAUGGCGAUUGGGAUGAUCUUUCUUCUCCAAGUUCAAGGAUUGUGAUUGGGAGGACGAGUAAGGUUGGUACGGGGGCGUUUGAUGUUCUGACCCAAGUGCCGACGAGCAAGGGUGACGAAGUGCAAGCUUAA